AUGGAUCGGCAGACGCGGGGGUGGACGAGAGAACGGCGGGGGCGCCAGCCGUCCCCAGGCUCUGCCGCGACACGGCUGAUGGCGCGCGGUCUCGGCGACGGCUUUGCGGUUGGCAGCGUUGUUUUUGCACCAAGGCGGCGGCGCGCGGGGGCGCUCCAUUACGCGCUGGCGGAGGUCACCGGUAUUCAGGCCUGCGCCGGCACAGCAACGGUGGCCUUCGUGAACGCUGAGCCUGGUGUGGACGACGGGGCGGUUCCCCUGUACGUGUUGGUGCCGUGCCCGUGGCCUGAUUUUGCGCGCGGCGGCGUCCGCUGCUCUUUCGCCGAGCGUGCUCUGCGUGCGGCGGCGCGGCAUGAGCCGACCCUGUCCGACACAGCGCGUGGUCAACAGCUCUCGUGCGACAGCGAUUGCGGCGGUGAGGUCGGGGAUGGGCCGCCGCCCUCGGACACGGCAGCGCCGCCAACGCCACCGCAGACGCCUUCCUCGUCGCCCCCGCCGUCGUCAGGAGAGGCGGAGGACGAGGGCGAGCAGGGCACGAUACGAGUCACGCAUGCACCGCCGGAAAGCGUGGGUGCCUUCUUUGCUCGUGCGUUUCGUGCGGUGUGUCGAGCGAUCCUCCGGCGUCCCGCGGACUGGCAACCCGCGGUGCAAGAGCAUGUUGUGUUGUGCGUUUUCGAUACCUACGAUGCCCUGCGUCGCUUUAACGUGUACAUGGCGUUCCGGGGCCACCGGCUUUAUCUCAUUGAUGGUGUCUGUGCUCGUGCCGCGCCCGCCGCUGCCGGGGACGUGAGCUGGCUUUGUCUUCUUGCGGAAGACGUGCGGGACGAGCGCGCGGCGCUGGGUCUUCUCGGGGGCUGGCUGCCGCCCGGGCGGUGGAGGGAGGGAAGCGGCGCGCUGACGGUUGCGUCGGCGGUGUGGUUCACCGAGGAUUGUGGAGAUACGGACUGCGACGAGCGAAACGCAGAGGGGCUGUCGCGCGAUGGCGGCGUCGAUGCGGCAAUGGGGAGGCUUCUGGGUGCUGUUGGCGGUGCCGGGGCUCUGAUAACAUGCCGGCUUUCCCGUGGCACCAAGGAUGACGAGCUCAUGGCGACUUCUUUGGCCGCCACCUGCCGACGCCGCGCGCCGCCGCGACAGAAACUGGGCGCCGCUGGGCCAUUUCGGCGUCGGGACCCAUCCAUGGAGCUGCGCGUUCCCGCCAGCACGUGGCAAGUGGAUCUGUUUCGUUUGCUCGUGGCGCGGGGUGGCGGGGAGGAGCCACUGCCGAGCGCCGCGCCCCUGCUGCCGCAGCUGCUUCAAUCCAUCGCCUUUGGGAACGUAUUUGACGUAUCGCUUUCCACCGCGCUCGCCUCUCUGCCCGGUGGGCUGCGGCAGCUGGACGGCAUCAGAGAGAGGGUGGUGCGCAGCGGGGCCUUUUUUGGCGACGUUGCCUUUCCUGCUUUGGCGGCUGCGAGGGCUGUUCUGGCGGAUGUGCUAGCGGCGCCCUUGGCGGAGCGCGCCUCGCGGCAGCGGCGCGUGGUUCUUGUCCUUCCUGGCGCCGGCGGCGCCCCCGACGACGCGGCGGCCUACCUGCAUGCCGUCCAACGCUUUCUUCAUCCGUGGCAUCUCUUCACCCUGGCGGCGGAAAAAGGGCAGCGGCAGCCGUGCGUCGAAGCAUUGCUGGACGGCCGCGCGUGGUUGGAAAAUGGCGGCGUGUUGCUCUUGAACCCCGAGGAGCCGCUCGGCAGGCUGAGCCUUCUCCAGGAAGAAGCCGAUGUUGUGAUCACGUGCGGCAAGGCGUCCGCUGCUCUUGUCGCCGGGUGCUGCCGCGGCGCGCCGCACAUUGCCCUCCACUCGGAGGUGGAGCUUGCGGAGGGCCCGGCGCACCGCUGGACGCUGUGGCGCGGUGCCGCGGGAGAGGCGGACGCCACGGAUGCCGAGAGGGCUGUUUUGGCGGCGGCGGUCGCCGCGGGAGGGGAGGGCGCAGCACCCGUUCUUGCGACAGCCGCUGCCCUCCUGCACCGGCUUGGGCGGCCUAUUGAGGGGAAGAGCGAGGCGGCAGAGGUGGUGGGAGGGGCUCGGCGAUGGAGCGGGCAAGCUGCCGGCGAUUGGGCGCACCUACGCCGGCUCGCCGUGGCGAUCGCACUUUGCGGCUGCCGUCCGCCGGUGCCUUCUUUCUGCGAGGCGGCUCGAUAG